AUGUCUGCUGCUCCCGUAUCCAGUCAGCAACGUUCUAGCAGUGUAAGGAUGGCACGACCUCCCCCGCCAGCACCGUUAAAAUCAUCCAGGCCACCGCCUCCUGUGCCGCGCCGCCACGAUAGCUCACCAAAUAUGCAAGCCGCGGCACGCACACCCACAACCACACCAACAUCUGUAGCUAGUACUUCUGGCAAGAUCAGGGCUAGCGAUAUGUCGACUGUGACAAUCACUCCACCGACUGCAUGCCGCACUCCUACUACAGGAGGAGGCGCAAGGACACCGGAACGACCUCCUGGGGUUAGACGACCUCCACCACCACGUCCUCUAGCCAACCAAGCAUUGGAUAAGUGUCGUGGUGUUCCACAAAAACUAGCUCAUACAUCUGGAUCUGUUCGCAGCCGACCACCACCGCGACCGGCAGGUCCACCACCACGCAGAGCAGCUACUGUGAAGCAUCGUGGCAAACCGAGUACUUCCACUGACAGUGAAUUGGCAUCACUGACUGAUAGCGCAGCAGCCGAGGUACCGACACAACAUUCACCAGCUCCACUCAUACUUAGUACUGAACCAGAACGAAAAGAACCCCCAAGUAGAGAAGCGCCAGUUGCUGAUCAAGUCACAAAACGUACUCCAGGUAAUCCUGUCUAUGUGGCUGUUUGUGACUUCAGCGGUGAAAAUGAUAAUGAACUUUCCUUUGCCAAGGGAGAAGCUAUUAUGCUGAUGGAAGAUGAUGCUAGUGAUAAUGGCUGGAUACUUGGACUAAACGAGUCUGGCGCAGAGGGAUAUUUACCAGUUACGUUCCUUGAGGACUAG